CCACAGACUAGAUUAUUGCUUACGCAAAUGGCAAAGAGAUUCCCUCUAAUCAGAGAAAAUCAUUGAAAGAUUGUACAAUCCACGAGCCAGUUACUUGUCGAUGAUGGAAUAUCAGGGAGAAGUCCUCUUGAGGGAAUCAAACUAAUUAAAACUGGUGGAGCUCAUCGAUCCGCCUGGACUGGAAAUGUAUAAAAGGUCUUCUUGAAGCUAAAAACAUUACCAAUCCGAGUGCCAGAAGAGAAGUAACAAUCCUACAACCAUGAAGUCAACAAUUGCUGGAGUAGCCCUGCUGCUGUUUGUGCUGAACGCGUCCUCGAUGAGCGAUGCCUUUGUCCGCAAUUUGCCCUUGUCCUGCUACAAGUGCUCCGGUUAUAUCUGUGACGCUCCGGCGGUUGCCACGUGCGGCUCCAGCUCCGAUGACCAGUGCUACAUAGAGUUCAACCCGGACACCGGCAAGGUCAAGAACAUGGGCUGCCGAUCUGAUUUGGAUGAGGAGUUCGUGGACGACUACUUCCACUACAUCCAGUUCUGCGACGGAAGCAAGUGCAACACCGCUGACAUCAUUCCCACGGCCACCAAGUGCAUUGCCUGCGACUCCUCUGAGGAUCCCAACUGUGCCACUGAUCCCAGCAAGAUUACCUUGGUGGGAAACUGCGGAGUGAAGCCCUACACCAAGUGUAUGGUGCGAGUUAUUCGUGGUCACGUUGUCCAGCGCGGAUGUGUGAGCAGCUUGGAGCGCCAAAACCUGGAGAACUGCCUGGCCGGAGUUGGAAGCUGCAGGACUUGCUCGGGCGACUUCUGCAACUUGAAGAUCGAUCCUGCCGAUCUGUAAAGCUCCAACAUGGAAUAGAACCGGCUUAUCCGGACUCUUUCUUUUAAUAAAUGAAGUAAUUGGCUUCAAUAAAAACAAUUUAUUUCAUUAAUAUUUCCAAAAUAUAUGCAUGCAAUUUCAAUUGAA